AACCUUGAGCCAAGAUGGCGUCGGCCACCGGCAUCAUCCGCCUUAUCCGCAACUUCUUGGCCGGGAGAGACCUGCAAGCUAAACUGCAGCUGCGCUACCCAGAGCUCAUCUCCAAGAGGACCCAGCCGCCCCCCCGCCUCCCGCUGGGGCCCAGCCACAAGCUAGCCGACAACUACUACUGCACGCGAGACGGGCGCAGGGAGGCGUUUCCGCCCAUUGUCCUGAUGUCGGCUCAGAAGAAGUUGGCCCCCGGAGAGGAAGCUGGAAGCUCGGACUCUUCCGUCACAAGGAGGGAGAAGCUGCCUGUGACCCCCGGCUUCCCCCCUCGGAAGUGGGACCUGUCCAAGGACGAGCCCUAUUUGUGAAACCAGCCCCCAGGCUCAAAGGCCGGGCUGUGGGUCUGGGUCUUUCCCUUGGGGGCGAGCAGAAGCAGCAG